UGGAAAGUGUAGACAGUCUUCCGUAUCACACAGCAAGGAGAUGUCACGCCUCUUGCUGCUGGUGCUCGCAGGAUCCAACCUGGUUGUGUUCUGCGUGCCACACGCCACGGCUCAAGACGACACCAAGCCGAUUGCACGAGACGAUUUUGACGAGUUCGAGUUCUCCGAUGACCCUUUGGCAUAUCUGUUACUUCGGGCGGGAGGAGGUGGAGAAGAGGAGGAGCCCGAUAUCAGCGAAAUCUUCGCCCUUAAAACGUUCAGCAGCGAUGGAUCGUCGCCGGACGGAUCCGAGGGCACAAAUACUGAACAGGCAUCACGGAAAGGAGCAGCUGCACAUGCCGGCCUCGCCAGGACAGCGGCUCAUGCCGAAGCCAGGACAGCAGGCAAAGCCAGAACAGCACACAAAUUGAGGACUGCCGCCAAAGCCAGGACAGCUACCAAGAAGGCUGGCACAGCUGUGGCGAAGGCUGCCGGGACACACCACCAGUGACUGCAGUCCCAUCUGCGAACAGUCAGCGGAUGUAGGUUAUCACUGCGAUGAUUCUAAUAUCUUAUGUAUCACAAUUGUGAGAAAUGAAUAAAAAAUAAUUGCAGCAUUUAAAAA